CUCUCACUCCCUCUCUCUCGCACAAAGUGCAGCUGAGCUGGCCGCCGCCGCUGCCGCCGCCGUCACACUUGCCGCUGCUGCCACAACCCAACGCUCGCCUCUGCCGCCAACCGCCAGUCGAAAGUCAAAAGCAACGUGUUGUGGACGCUUUUUUCGUCGCGUUGCCGUUGCGUUGCGUUCGCUUUUCAGCCUGCGGCCUCCCUCUCUCUCUCUUCCUCCUACCACCACCACCGACACCGCCACCGCCAGCACCAGCACCACCCACAAAACGCACCACCACCUUCCUCCCCCCCCAUUUCGGGAAACUUUCACCAGCAUGUCCAGCAGCGCAGCCGCAGCGCAGUUCAAGCUCGAUGCCAACUCCAAUGCCAUAGCGUUGAUUGCCUCAGAUGUUGCCUCUGCUACAGCGCUGCCCCUGCCGCUGCCGACGUCGUCCCCACCAAAUGCAGCAGCAACGCCAGCGGAUCGCAUCGAAUGGUCCCGCUCGACGAUCCUUAGCUUCAUCGAGGACUAUCGCCGGCAGCGCGUGCUCUGGGAUCCCAACACCAAGGGCUACCACAUUAAGCAGACCAAGUACGAGGCCCUCAAGCUCCUCAGCUCCAAGUACGGCACGGAGAUCCGCUCCAUCCGCUCCAAGAUCAAGUCGCUGCGCAGCUCCUUCCACCGCGAGCACGGCAAAGUCCUCAGCGGGCGCAGCCGCGGCGUCCACUACCAGCCCAUGUGGUUCGCCUACGAGGCGAUACGAUUCAUUCUGGAUGGGGAGCGCGAUCAGGUGACCCCUGACCGGGACAACGACCAGGAAACGGAGCCCGACGAGAAGCUGGCCCUGAUGCACAGCCUGGAUCUGGAGCAACUGAAGGUGGACGGGCAGCAGAAAGUAAUCAUAGACCGGGGGCGGGACUCUAUGGACCAGCAGCACGAGGAGCUGGCCGCCCGCUUUGCCGCCACAGUGGCCGCUGUGGCAGCUGCCGCUGCAGCCGCCAAUGCCAGGGACCGGGAGCGGGAAACGGACCCCGCCGACGUCGAUGGUGAUAUGGACCUGGAGGCGGGCGAUCUCGAGGAGGCAGCUGGAGCUGGUACUCGGCCCGAAUCCUCCUCAGCGGCUGUGACACGUUCCUCUUCCGAUUUGGAUGGCGAAAAUUACUGCAAUAUCAGCGCCGAAGAUGUGAAAACCGAAAUUAUCGAACACGAAUCGGAUCUGGGGAUGCUGGAGCGGCGAACGUGCACGCCGUCGCCCAUAAAUUACUACAAGCCGACGGAUCUGACCUACAACCACCGCAAACGUAAGGCGCUGCCGAUGGACGAGUGCGGCAGCGGUGGGGGUAGUGUCGGAGGUGGCAUGGGGGGUGUGGAACAUGUUGUGGGCGCCCUGACAUUGACGCCGAUCAAGGCGGGAGGAGGCGUGCCGUCGGUGGGCGGAUCCACCGGGCAGCAGAUGAACCACAGCCAGCUCGCAUUUCAGGCGCUGCAACAGCACUUUAACCACAGCCACAGCCACAGCCUGAGCAUUAGCCAUUGCAACGGGCAGGGGCAGAAUCACCACAACAGCCACACUCAUAACCACAACCACCAGCAUCAGCAUCAGCUUCAGCAGUCGUUGCAACUGCAGCAGCAACAGCAACAACAACAACAUUCCAGUAACAUGGCACAAAAACGUGAUCGUGAUCGUGAUCUCUCAACGUCGGCAACGUCAGGCACUACCAAUAAUACCAACAACAACAACAAUAAUACUAGCAAUAACAACACCAGCAACACCACCAGCCCCACAUCCCUGGAUGCAACGCCAAUGUCCAGUGCUUGCACCACGCCUCCCAAACCACUCAACGGGGGCGGCGGCCUGAGUGCCAAUCAUGUGGACGAGUACGGCGUAUUCGGGGAGUAUGUGGCCAUCACCAUUCGUAAGCUGAAGACAUCCAAGUCGAAGAUAGUGGUGAAGCACUUGAUCAACAAUCUGCUGUACGAGGCCGAGCUGGGAAAGUACGAUCAUGGUAUACCGGCCACCAAGGAGCCACCGCAGCUCUACAAGAUGCAAUAGUAUAACUAACUAAACAAUUUUUAGGGAAAUAUUAGCCAGGUUAGGAGGAACUCCUAAGCCAAAACUACAGAGUUAUAAGUGAGAGACACCAAGAACGCACUAGUCAGCAAAGCAACAAUGGGUCGCGAAACCAGAGCCAACAAUUCUAAGCCUUCUAAGUGGGGGGAGGGAAGCAUUUCAUUCAGGGACAAAGACCAUAUAAGUACUUUAUAUCUUUAUACAAAUGUAUGUAAAACAAAUAAUAAUAUAUAUAUAUAUGAAACGAUAUCAGUGAGAAAGGAUCCAAGAAGUCAGUCAACAAAUCAAAAAAAAAGAAAGGAGUGCAAAAAGGAGUUGAAACAAACAUACCAUUAAUUAAAUUGAAUUAAUUAUAAAUGCUUUACGUUACCCAUUUAUACAUAUACGUAUGUAAUCUAAUUUUUAUUUUUUAUUUUUUGAAAUAAUGAUUAUUGUUUUUUUGAUUUCACCAACGUUAUAUAUACUAUAUUAUAUAUUUUUGAUUUUUCGUUUUAUUAGUAAUUUUUGGCAAUAACACUUUGAACUCAGGUGCCUUUAUUUUUUUAGUCAAUUAAGCCUUGUUAUCUUAUGCAUAAAAACCCUACAAAAAAAAAAAAACAAAUAAAUGAAGCCGUAAUAACAUGUAAAUUUAAUUAAAAUUUUUAUCGCAUAUGUAUGCAUAAUCCUUACCAUGUAAAUAGUCUAAAAAAAACAAAAUGUUAAACAUAGUGAGAGAAUAAUGAAACAUGAAAUGUGCAAAUCUUAAUUUUUGUUAUGCAUAACUAAAUUUGAUCGAGCUGUGCUGAUUGCUCCAAAUAAAAAUGCAGAAAUGUUGAAUUUCAUUUUGAAAAUGA